UAUACAAUCUAAUUUGAUUGAAAAUUUUUGUCCAGGCGCUAGAUGGCUUUUUGUUUGUUGUAAAUACGGAAGGACGAGUGGAAUAUGUAACAGAUAACAUAACGCAGUAUAUAAAUUAUACGAAGGAUGAUGUUCUUGGCAAGGAUAUUUAUAACAUUAUUCAUCAUGGAGAUCAUAACACCUUUAUGCCGAGUUUGUUGCCUAUGCAAUUAGGCUGGACGAACGAGCAACAGCCCCAAAGAAACCGCACCUUCAAUUGUCGCUUCUUGGUGAAGCCUCCUGAUGAUAAAGAAGAGACUAUGGAAGAAAAGCAGCAACGAGUAUCGAAAUACGAAUCUAUGCAAAUCUGUUCAGCUCUUUUGCCAAAUAAUAGCGAUCGUCUGGAGAGCGGUGACGUAUCUUCCGAAUCUUCGGACAACGGCCCUUGCGUAAUGUGCGUGGCUCGUAGGAUACCCCCGAACGAAAAGCCCAUUGGUACGCCCAUCGAGCAAUUUACCGUCAAGUUGGACACCACGGGGAAGAUUAUCGCGGUUGAUGUUAUCUGGUUGUCGUCUCCUUACUCUGAGUACCUAAGCAAGGUAAGCAAGGAGUUGAUUGGCACUGCGAUAAAGGAUUUGUGCCACCCUCAUGAUCUCAAUAAGCUAACAGCACAUUUGAACGAUACGCUUCAAGUCGGUGAGAGUACCAGUGGUGUAUACCGAUUACGCGUUAGUCCUGAUAAGUUCCUUAAUAUUCAAACAAAGUCAAAACUUUUCAAAGCAAAUGUGAUGAAUACACUUGUUACCGACUUCAUUAUGGCUACCAAUACUAUUAUUGGGUGAGUUUUAUACGAUUUUAUACUUCCUUUUUUU